AUGUCCUGUGAUAAAGCUCCAGUAGCCGAGCAGUUGCUGUACUUGGUCCAACAGUACAGUAACUCAGAUGGAAACAAGAAAAGUGUGGAAAGGAAACAGAAAAUAGUGGAAAUAGUUGGUCAGGCAGCGUUAUUUGGACAGACAAAGUUAGUGUUUCAGAUUUAUGACGUAUCGUUAGUACUGGAAAAAACCUUAGAGAUAUGGCAAGUUCUAAGCAAGUACAUGGGAAGUAAAAAGGAAAGGGAAGAAGAAACGGGUGCCUUCUCUGAAGUGGUCCUUGCUGAGGAAAAGCGGACUCAGAAACUGGUCGCAAUUAAGUGUAUCCCCAAGAAAGCCCUGGAGGGAAAGGAGAACAGCAUUGAGAAUGAGAUUGCUGUCCUUCGGAAAAUCAAACAUCCAAACAUUGUGUCACUGGAAGAUAUUUAUGAAAGUCCAACGCAUCUUUACUUGAUAAUGCAACUUGUGUCUGGUGGGGAGCUGUUUGACAGGAUAGUGGACAAGGGCUUCUACACAGAGAAAGACGCCAGCAUGUUGAUCCAGCAAAUCCUGGAUGCUGUCACGUACCUGCAUGAGCUGGGCAUUGUACACAGAGACCUGAAGCCUGAGAACCUGCUGUACUACAGCGUUGAUGAAGAUUCCAAAAUAAUGAUCAGUGACUUUGGCCUGUCGAAAAUUGAGGGCACUGGUAGUGUGAUGUCCACAGCGUGUGGUACCCCAGGAUAUGUGGCUCCAGAGGUUUUGGCACAGAAACCUUACAGUAAAGCAGUUGACUGCUGGUCCAUAGGAGUCAUCUCUUAUAUUUUGUUGUGUGGUUAUCCUCCAUUUUACGAUGAAAAUGAUGCAAAGCUCUUUGAGCAGAUUCUAAAGGCCGAAUAUGAAUUUGAUUCUCCAUAUUGGGAUGAUAUUUCAGACUCAGCGAAAGAUUUUAUUCAACAUUUGAUGGAAAAAGACCCAAACAAGCGCUAUACCUGUGACCAAGCCUUGCAGCAUCCAUGGAUUGCUGGUGAUACUGCAUUAGAUAAGAACAUCCAUGAGUCUGUCAGUGCCCAAAUCAAAAAGAAUUUUGCAAAAAGUAAAUGGAAGCAAGCUUUUAAUGCCACAGCUGUGAUACGUCACAUGAGGAAACUGCAGUUGGGCACCAGUCAGGAGGGGUCAGUGCAGAACACACCAACCAGUCCAUGCCAUGGGACACUGCUGGUGCCAGGGGGAGAUUCAAAAAAUGGUUCACCCUGUGAUGAAUGCCCUCUUCCCUCCUCGCCACAUUCUCAAGUGCAAAUGGAGCAAAACUUGCUGAGCAACCAUUCUCACAGUUGCCACUACUCUAACCGGGUCUGAGUGCAAAUGGAGACCAUCAACAUACCGGUUAUUCAUGACAUAGCCUGGGCUCAGAAGCAGUUUUUAUUUUAAAUGUAACAAUCAUUCCAUUCUCAGCACAGAUUACCCGAGAGCCUUGUGCUUGGGGCCCCCUCUGAAUGCUCUUAAACUUUGCCAUUCCUCAGAAUGUUGAGCCAGUGAACUGAUCCCUGUGAUGUGGUUAUUGCUUCCGGGUGAGAGGGGUGGGCAUACUACGGGCAAGCAAACAGUGCAAGUGACAUGCAGGAGCAAUAAGACUCGAUCACGGCUUGCAUUUUAAAUUCCAUGCCUGGAAACCAAUUACUUGCAAAACAGAGUGAUGGUAUAGAAUACACAUCGAGGUCAAAUCUUUGUGACAGCUGAAAGCCUGAGACAGGGUUUCUAAAUAUUUUAAAUAUUUUAAAAUUCCAAUUAAGAUAUUUUUAGGUCGAUAAAAAAAUUCAAUUAAGAACGGGCUCAAUAAAUUGAAAUAUUGAAAUCCAGAUGAGUUUGACCCUGCAUUCUCUUUCUUUUUAUGAUAACUCAUCCUAUAGAUUACAGCUGUUUUAAUGUUGCUGAUACUUUGAACACCAUCCCUGAUAUCGAAAGAGGAUUGGUCCAAGUGUCACAAAAAAUAUCACACAGGUUUGACCUGAUAUUGAGGCUGUGUUGUGUGUGUGUGUGUGUAUAUAUAUAUAUAUAUACAUAUAAUGAAUUUACUCAAAUUAUGUCUUGUAUUGGGACCAAGCCCCAUUCACAUUGGCAUCUGGAUGCCUGUGUCAGUUGAGUUUGCAGAUUAAUUAAUAUGGACUGUCACAAAAUGAUCUGUGACUGUCUCGAGAUCACACCUUAGCUUUUUUUAAAAUCUUAAACCCAGAUGGUGAUGGGAUUAACCUCACUUUGUACUUAAUUGAAAUGCUUCAUGAACCUCUGCUGCGAGAGCCAGAAUGUUUUGUGAUAAAUGGAUAGCUUUGAAGUUGAGCUUCUAGGGCUCCUACGAAGCAAGGAGUUGUUUAAACAGUUGUAUAAAAUUGUGCUGCUCUGGGAAUUAUUCAGACUUGCCAACCAGUACUAUUUGAUUAACUCAGCGAAUUUUUUCAGUAGAAUUAUUUUA